ACCUGAAUUCGCUCUGAUCUUACACACCGUGCUGGUGAAGACAUAUAUGCUUUCUUUAUUUGAGCUCCGUUUAAUAAACUUUGUUAAUCUGGGGACCCAACGUUAAACCCUUCCAGUUCACUUAGUUUUACUUUGCCAAUACGUUCGAAGACAAGGCAUUGUGUAUCCUUGCGUUCCGAUACUGUAUUAUAUGACAAAACACACAUACGUUUGUGCGAGGACCGUUCUCGAAACUCCAUCAUCGUUCGAAGACAACAUGACAAUGAAUCAGUUUUGUCUUGCAAUCCUCAAAUGUUAUAAUGCGUGGACCGAUGCUCCUCCAAAUGUUUUUUUUUUUGCUUCGCAGAAGAUCAUGUCUUUCAGGGCUUACGUAAGUGUCAAGGUUGUGUACACCGCCAUUACCCAAGUGGCAUUCCCGAGAUUUUGGCGCAACUGGUGGUACUGGAACACCACAGAAGACCGGCUCCUUACUUACGUCAAGAAGACGGCAACAGAAGGGGAACCUGCCAGCGUGCUUGCCGCCGUGGAAAAAUACAACCGAGACUAUGAGUGGACUAUCAUGCUGGAACCGGAUAAAACAAAGAAACUCGAGGAGGUGGUGAAAGAGGCCUCACCAGAGGUAUGUUUGGAGAUGGGAUGUUACAUCGGCUGCUCGGCGCUGGCCAUUGGAGCUCAGCUACCCCCUGGAGGGCGCCUGAUCACGACAGAGAUUGACCCGAGAAUUGCAGACAUCGCCAGGCAGCUGAUCAGCUUUGCUGGUCUUGAUCAGGUGAUUACUGUGUGUACCGUCAAGGCAGAAGACCUCAUCCAAGCUCUUCGCAGCGACUAUUCGGUGGACAAGCUCGAUUUUGUCUUCCUCGACCAUUUUAAGCAGCUGUACCACCCCGACCUUAAGAGGCUGGAAGCGAACCACCUUCUGCGGAAAGGAACAGUUGUCAUGGCCGAUAACACUGUAAUGCCUGGCGCUCCGGACUUCCUGGAGUAUGUUGAGACUAGUGACAAGUAUAAGACUGAGAGGUUUGAAUUCACGAUGCCUGUUUUUAACGAGCUGGAUGCUAUGACAGUUUCUGUCUACACCAAAGAUUACUAGGGCUCCAUUAA